UAUAUGUCUAUAAAUAUGCCACCACCAACGCCUAUUCACUUUCGCUCUCUGGUCUUCUCCUCCUGAUUUUUUCUCAUCUCGUAAAGAAAAAGCUUACACAGAGAGAGACAUAUAUAGGUAUACCGAGAGAGACAGAGAGGGAGAGAGGAACGGAGAGAUGGGUAGCAAGGGAGGAGUGGAGGAAAGCAAGGUUCCUUUGUUACGAGAUGUAGGCGAUCAUGGCGAUCAUCAGAAUCAACUGGUGAAAGCUGAUGGGUUCGGUGAUGAUUAUGGAGAAGGUCAGAGUUUGACAAGAAGGGUUUGGAUUGAAUCAAAGAAGCUGUGGAAAAUAGUGGGUCCAGCCAUUUUCAGCCGGAUCACUUCCUAUUCCAUGUUGGUUAUAACUCAAGCCUUCGCCGGCCAUCUCGGCGAUCUUGAGCUCGCCGCCAUCUCCAUCGCCAACAAUGUCAUCGUCGGCUUCGACUUCGGCCUCCUGUUGGGAAUGGCGAGCGCAUUAGAAACACUAUGCGGCCAAGCAUUCGGCGCCAAGAAAUAUUACAUGCUCGGCGUCUACAUGCAGAGAUCUUGGAUUGUUCUCUUCCUUUGCUGCGUUCUCCUCUUGCCGCUCUACCUAUGUUCCACUCCGUUCCUCAAACUCCUCGGCCAGCCGACGGAAGUGGCGGAGCUAUGCGGCGUCGUUUCACUCUGCAUGAUCCCGCUACACUUCAGCUUUGCGUUUCAGUUUCCGUUGCAGAGAUUCCUGCAGAGCCAGCUGAAGAACAUCGUGAUCGCGUGGGUGUCGCUGGUGGCGCUGCUGGUGCACGUGUUUGUAAGUUGGCUGUUUGUUUACAAGAUGCAGCUGGGAGUGAUCGGCACCGCCAUAACUUUGAAUUUUUCAUGGUGGGUUUUGGUGUUCGGGCUUUUUGCUUAUACCGUAUGUGGUGGAUGUCCGAAAACGUGGACUGGUUUCUCCAUUGAAGCUUUUUCUGGUCUCUGGGAUUUCCUCAAGCUCUCCGCUGCAUCUGGUGUCAUGCUAUGCUUGGAGAAUUGGUACUACAGAAUCUUAAUACUGAUGACAGGAAAUCUGAAGAACGCAGAAAUAGCCGUGGACGCUCUGUCUAUAUGCAUGACGAUCAACGGCUGGGAAAUGAUGAUUCCUCUGGCUUUCUUUGCUGGAACCGGAGUUAGGGUGGCGAAUGAGCUGGGAGCUGGGAACGGGAAAGGAGCAAAGUUUGCCACGACGGUGGCGGUAGUGACGUCAUCAAUAAUAGGUUUAUUUUUCUGGCUACUCAUAAUAAAUUUCCACGGUCAACUCGGCUGGAUUUUCUCUUCCAGUCCGCCGGUUCUUAACGCCGUCAACAAGCUUUCUCUCCUCUUGGCUUUCACAGUCCUUCUCAACAGUGUCCAGCCUAUUCUCUCCGGGGUUGCUGUGGGAUCUGGGUGGCAAUCAUACGUGGCGUAUAUAAACUUGGGCUGCUAUUAUCUAAUCGGUGUUCCUCUCGGCUUUUUGAUGGGAUGGGUUUUUAACCAAGGAGUCAUGGGAAUUUGGGCUGGAAUGAUUUUUGGAGGGACAGCAAUCCAAACUCUGAUACUGAGUAUAAUUACCAUUAGAUGCGAUUGGGAUAAAGAGGCAGAGAAAGCAAGCAUGCACGUGAGGAAAUGGGCAGAGAAAGCUCAAGAGAAUCGAUUAAUUUAAGAUUAAGAUCGUAAUAAUGACAAUUAAGAAAACAAGAAUCAAUUGUAAUGAUUCAAAUGCAAGAGGCUAAUUGUUUCACUAAUUAAUGAUUACAAGCCAUCUCUCUCAUAA